ACGAGCGCUAGUAUCGCUUCGGACGUCGUUUCGGUUGCACGUUAUCGUAUUGGCUUAUCUUCAUAACUCUUUACGCUAGCAACGUAUCGAUGUUAUUGAAGUUUUCCAACAAGUUCCGACUUCGUGACAGUGAAAUAUUGUGACCAGUGCAUCAAAUACAGUGCCAAAAUUACCCUGUGUUGUUCUCGAUUACUUUUCUCGUGGUUUUGAAACAAAAAUCGCGAGCAAAACUCGUAUUUAACGGAACUUUCGUGUCGGAUUUGCCGCGGAUUGUAUUCUUGUUCGAAGGCGAUGUGGUGACAUGGUGACAGCCUGCCGUGAUGAUGAGGCUCGACGCGUCCGAUAAGCAGCACCGCUACCACAACCUGCUGGACGAUGAUCAUGCCAAUGAGAUGCUAGAAGGCGAGGGAGCGGGUCUAGCAGCCAGGGUCGCAGAACUAGAGGUGCGGUGCGCCAGGCAGGCGGAAGAACUGCUCUGUCUACGGUCCACACUCGCUGAUGCCCUGCGAAGACUGAAUGCCUUGGAAGGCAGACCCGCCGCACCCGCGCAGCAGAGAAAUGGUGCUUAUACUGGGACACAGGGCACUCCCACACGCGAGCUGAGGCUCCGCCAGCCGUCGUACCGGGAGACUGCCAAGCGGACCUCCAGCUACGGAUCCAGCGCAUCUUCGUUACCACAGAGACGCGGGCCGCAGCACCAGUCCACAGGCUCGCUGCAGUCGGACUCCCCCGCAUCGUCGUCGUCACUGUCCCCCGCGCCCUCCCCCUCGCCCCGCGCGACCCCCGCGCCGCACCACGCGCCCGCAGCCGCCUAUAGGUCCGAAUCCCGUAACAACUCGACGUCCAGCAACCAGAGCGCGUCUCCCGGCAACCAGCUCACCAAGCGAUGGAACUCCACCGGCGACUUCAACGCGCAGGGGCUCUUGCCCACUAGCAGAUUUACAACUACAAAGUCGUUGCUAAACUUAUAUUCUAAGCCGUCACAGAAUGGGCCAAUAUUGAAACAUGGUACUCACACUUGCCAGUACAAUGAGGAAGAUGGCUCCAUGCGUAUGUACCUUCGAGGAAGACCAGUUAUCCUCUACGGGCCGACCGACCAGGAAGCCUUGGACCCUGCGAAGGUCGCCCCGCCGCCGCAGAGCAAGCUCAAGCUAGAGUGGAUGUAUGGGUACAGAGGCAAAGACUGUCGAAGCAACCUGUACCUGCUUCCGACUGGUGAGAUAGUAUACUUCGUGGCAGCCGUGGUGGUGCUGUUCAACGUGGAGGAGCAGUGUCAGCGGCACUACACCGGCCACACCGACGAUGUCAAGUGCAUCGCCGUGCAUCCCAACAAGCUGAUCAUUGCUAGUGGACAGUGCGCCGGCCACGACCGCUUGGAUGCUAGGCCUCACGUCCGAGUAUGGAACUCAGUGUCCCUGGCCACGCUGGCUGUCAUCGGGGCCGGGCAGAUGGAGCGCGCCGUGGCGUGCGUCACCUUCUCUCGGGCCGAUGGCGGAGCGCUACUGGCCUGUGUGGACGAAGGCCCUGACCACACCAUCUCCGUGUGGGAGUGGCAGCGCUCUGAUAAACAUGCCAUUGCUGAGACUAAGUGUUCCGUGGACACAGUAGUGGCUGCUGAGUUCCACCCGCUGGAUCGCAACCAGAUUGUGACCUGCGGCAAGAACCACAUCGCCUUCUGGACCCUCGACCAGACCAACAUGCUGUACAAACGCAUGGGCGUCUUCGAGACACGAGACAAGCCUAAAUAUGUCACCUGCCUUGGGUUCAACCAUAAUGGCGACGUCCUAAGCGGCGACUCGAACGGCAACAUCAUCGUAUGGGGCCGCGGGACGAACACAAUAACCAAGCUGGUCCGCGGCGUUCACGAGGGUAGCGUCUUCUCAAUCUGCUGCCUGAAGGAGGGGAACAUUCUGACUGGAGGUGGCAAGGAUGGCCGCAUCGUCAUGUUCGACGCUGACAUGAACGCCAGCGGCACUGAGAACAUCAUCGAGGGCCACUACGGCGGCGUGCGCGUGGUGGCGGAGGGCCGCGGCUCGCAGCUGUUCAUCGGGACCACGCGCAACUGCGUGCUGCACGGAGACUUGCAGCUUGGAUUCUCUCCUGCUGUGCUCGGCCACGUGGACGAGUUGUGGGGCCUGGCGGCGCACCCUUCCCUGCCCCAGUUCGUGACGGCCGGCUGGGACCGCCUGCUGCAGCUGUGGGAUGGCCUCAGCCACUCCACCGUCUGGAGCAAGGACAUAGAGGAGCGGGCCCAGUGCUGCGCGUGGUCGGCGGACGGCGCCGUGAUUGCGGUGGGCUGCCUCAGCGGCAAGUGGAUGGUGUUCGACCCGCACUCCAGGGAACUGCUCGCGCAGCACCAUGACGGGUCGGAGCCGAUCCAGACAAUCCAGUACGCGCCGAACAACAAGCUGGUGGCGCUGGGCUCUCGAGACAACUUCAUCUACAUCUACCAGGCCGACGACAACUGCGCGCGGUACUCGCGCCUCGGGAAGUGCUUGGGCCAUUCAAGCUACAUUACACAUUUGGACUGGUCAGAAGAUAGCCAAUACAUCAGGAGCAAUUCUGGGGAUUACGAGUUAUUGUAUUGGAACGCGACAACAUGUCGUCAGGUGCCGAACGCGACGUCGAUGCGCGACGUCAGCUGGGCCACCAACACCUGCCCCAUCACCUUCCAGACUAUCGGCGUGUGGCCCGAGAACGCUGACGGCACGGACAUCAACUCUUGUACUAGAUCCCAUGACGGAAGGCUGGCAGCUACGGGUGACGAUUUCGGCAAAGUCAAACUAUACGCUUAUCCUGUAACCCAACCGAAGUCCCUCUGUCACCAGUACGGCGGUCACUCGUCCCACGUGACGUGUGUGCGGUUCCUGCCCGACGACUCGCGGCUCGUAACCACCGGCGGGCUCGACACCGCCGUCAUGCAGUGGGUCGUCGACUAAAUGGUACUAUGUAGCGGUGGUUGUGGUGUGUGUGAGAUUUAUUGUACAGGUUUGGUGUCUAGUAUAUUUUUUAUCUGUUUAACAUUAUGUGUAAUAAUCAAAUAGUUGGUAUAAGAUACAGACAAACCACAGCCCGAUGUUCGGGUGACAAAUCAAAUCAAUGUUCAAUCAAAUGUUCUUUAUAAACAUAAAAAUAAGUACAAUACAAAAGGCCGCGAUUUUCCCCUGUGAAAGUCCCAUCCAUUGCUUUCCAGGACACUUCAGAAUGUCAAGUUAUUGUCUAUUGAUUGGAUCUUGAAUAACAAAAUGAGAAUUAAGUUGUAAAGAUUGAUAAAUUCAGAAAGAAGGUCCAAAGGAUUUUGAUGAUACAAACAUAACUUGGGAAAUGAAUACCGUUGUCUUAGCGAAAAUGACCAAUAUGGCCGAAUGUAAUUUCCUAAUUUUAAUUAUUUAUCAUAUUGAAAAAGUACCUUUGUCAUUGAUGUAUAUGUUCAUCAUCAUCAGCCCAUUAACGUCCCCACUGCUGGGGCACGGGCCUUCCCUAUGGAUGGAUAGGGAGAUCGGGCCUUAAACCAUCACGCGGGCCCAGUGCGGAUUGAUGGUUAUUAACGACUGCUAAUGCAGCCCGGACCAACGGCUUAACGUGCCUUCCGAAGCACGGAGGAGCUCGAGAUGAAAACUUUUUUUUGUGGUCACCCAUCCUAUGACCGGCCUUUGCGAAAGUUGCUUAACUUCAACAAUCGCAGACCGAGCGCGUUUACCGCUGCGCCACCGAGCUCCUCAAUAUGUUACUAUAGAUCUUUAUUGUCAGACAAAAAAUCUCACACACUUAUUCAACUCCGUCGUAAUAAUUAAUGUCAAAUUGUUUUAAGCAGAAUCAAUUUUAUAAGUUAUUUUUAGUUGUAAAUCUGUAAAACUUGGAAUUGUAUAAAGUACAAUAUUACUAAUAACAUCUCUUACAAAGUAUGUUUUAUAAAAACACUGAUUGCAUUUUUGAAAUCGUUGAUUUAUAUUGCAACUGUUUAAUCAUAAUUUUUUAAUCUCCACAAUUUCGACAUUAAGUUUUUAAAAACAACUAGUACGUAUUCUUGUUAACCUUGUGGAGAUUUUCAAAAUAACUUUUUUUAACUCAACAGUAUUCUUCCUUACCAUUCUUCAAGACCAAAUCGUAGUAAACCUAGUUUUUUGGAAAUUCUUGAAUUAAGUACGUCGUACCAAGUUUAAAGCACGUUUAUUUGUGAAUUACGGCCUAAUUGAAGCCUAUUUUAUGUAUUUAAUACAAUAUUGUGAUGUCCAUAACAUUCCUGGCUAUUUAGGGGUUCUUUACGGAGAAAAAAUAUUUUCCAACACUGAACCAAAUUUUAGCAGAUAUGCACUUAUGCUAUUUUAUUUUAGAAUUUAUUAUCAUGUACACUAGAAAGAAAGGGUAGAUAGAGUAUGCACGGUUGUGAAAGCAGGACGGCGUGAUUUGAAGCGAUUUUACACUUAUAUUUAAAUAUAAAGAUAUUCCGUCGAUUAUUGCUCGUAAUUCUUUCAAAACUUAUGACGGUUUGUGUGAAUGUAGGGUAGAUAUCGGAAGGGACAUUACAGUACAAAAAUGCUGUUAUAAUUAUGCAUUUAUGUAGUGCCUAAAGGGUAUAAUUUAAAAAGAAAUAAAGAAAUUAUCGAUUGAAAGUAAUAUGAAGGUCGGUUGAACGAUUAUAAGUUUUGGAAGUUCGUAACUUGUGCAAAACUGGCACUGCAAUUUAAUAGAAUUUUAUACACAUGCAAACACUGCGAAUCAUUAAAUUAUGUGAUUGAUUGAGCUUUUCUAAGCUAACUUAGAAUUUUAAGCAUGAUGAUAAUAUUUUGUGGCACGUUUUUAAUAUUGUAUUUUAAAUUAAUUAAUUUAAGCUGAAGAUCAAUUACAAAUUAGGAUUAAAUGUUUUCGAUUGGAUUCUUAUUAUGUUUAAAUUUUAGCGUGGUUUAGGAAAAUUGUUAAAGGUUAGAAAUCAGGGGUAGGUUUAAAAUCUAAGAAAUAAACUUUAUAGUGUAGAUAGGAGAUAAGAGAUAUUAGCAAUUUUCUUAAACUACGUUAUAGAUUAUAAGUUCUUUCGUUUUAAUCAUUUACUAUUGAAUACAGUAACUUUUAACUGAGCUGGGAAAGAUAAUAUCUGAAUUCUGGAAAUAUCCGGAAAAGUUAUUUAUUAACCGACUGCCAAAGGAGGAGGGGUGAUGUUUUUUCGAGUGUAUGUAUGUUUCUUUUUAUAAGCUUUUAGUGCUUAUUGAAAUACAACACUAUUUUACCUACCCGUAUCAAAUAGUAAAUGAUUGAAACACAAUCCACCUUAUUGCAAAACGAAAACUAAAAAUAAUUCCAGGUUUAAACAGUCUGCGCCACGAAAGAAAUCCACGGGUUUUAAUGGACAAACAUAAAACAUCACGCUUGUAUAAGUAGAAGGGGUACGCAGAGGUGUAUAGCGUAUAUACCCACUUCUCGCCAGCUAUGUUUUAAAUCCCAUGUAAUUUAAUGGAACUAAUUGACAAGUCAAUUAUUAGUUGAUAAUUAUAUGCAGAAUCUGUGACUUUUUUUGUGGCGCGGACUACAUUUUAUACCUGGUUUUAUCUUUAGUCUUCCUUUUGUAGUAAGGCGGCUUUAAAGUUAGUUUUUAAGUCACUUUUACAUUCAGACAUUCCUUAGAUUCGCGUUUUACUUUGUAACCUAGUCACAGUUCAUUUCAUUGCGUUUCUAAUUCUCGUCUAGUUCUAACACUUAUUGUAUUGUAAAUAUGAAGGAGCGGUCAGUCUUUAUGAAUGUGCCUCUUAAUUAAAAUCGUUUAUUGAA